AAACAUUGGGAGCCCUAAUGUUGCCCACGCCUUAAUGCACAAACAGUCGAUCACGGUACGAAAAAUUACUUUAAUGGGGAGCGGAUCGACUCUACUUUUCACGGGCACCCGCAGCAGCCCAAUUUUUAUGCUUGUGCCAUCUUCCACUACCCCUUUCUUCUUGCUUACAAAUUCACCCAUUCCUUGGCAAAUUCAGGACGGCAGAAUUCUCUUUGUCUUUGCGGUCCAAAAAAAAUGAUACAGUUUGAAGAGGCCAUUUUAGGCCUCAGCAACGAUGUGGAUUCCAUGACGAUCUCCAAAGAUGAGAACGAUGACGAUAAUGCUUCAACUCGAUCCUCCAUUACCGCAGUCGAUUCGACCCCGCACGAUUACAAAGUCAAGCUUGAUCAACAAUAUGUUUCUUCGACCGUUGAAUCGUCAUGUCCCAAAGUUGGCAGCAAUGACUUUGAUUCUCUUUGUGUAUUGGGUCGUGGAGCUUUUGGAAAGGUGCUCCUAGUUAAGCAUCGUGCGUCGAGAACGUUGUAUGCUAUGAAGACGCUGAAAAAGGCGUCAUUGGUGCUUCAUGUCAACAAUAUCAAGACAGAAAGGCAAAUCCUAGAACAGGUGCGCCAUCCCUUUAUUGUUCAAUUGUAUUAUGCAUUCCAAACACCUACAGAAUUACAUAUGAUUCUGGAAUAUGCUGUAGGAGGGGAAUUGUUCCGGUACCUUGAUCAAGAGGGCAUGUUUUCAGAACCGAUGGCAAGCUUCUACGCUGCAGAGCUCGUCUUAGCUCUUUCACAUUUACAUAGUCUUGGAAUCGUUUAUCGUGAUCUAAAGCCUGAGAAUUGUUUAUUGGACCAAAGUGGACAUAUUCUUCUAACUGAUUUCGGAUUAUCCAAAGUCUCAUUGGAUGGCAAGACGAAUACGAUCUGUGGAACGGCAGAAUACAUGGCACCUGAGGUGUUGGCUGGAUUACAAUAUGAUUAUUCCGUGGAUUGGUGGAGCUUGGGCAUUCUAAUUUACGACAUGCUAACUGGUUCGCCACCGUUCAAAGGUAAUAAUAGGCAAAAGACGAUCGACGGCAUUAUGUCCAAGAAACCUGCUAUGCCGUAUUACUUCACCAAUGAAGCCAAAAGUUUGCUUACAGGGUUAUUACGGAAGAAUCCGCAUGUUCGAUUGGGCGCGAAACCUAAAGGUGCCGAUGCCAUUCGUAAACAUAGAUUUUUUCGCAAGAUUGAUUGGAAGGCUCUUUCAGAGCGUCACAUGGAUCCACCCAUUGUUCCUCUCGUGGUAAGCUAUAUGCCCUAUCAUCUCUCUCUCUCUCUCUCUUAUUCGCAUUUUGCUUGCGUCUUUUUUCGUACCAUCGGAUAACUAAUUCAGAAGGAAACACAAGACGGAUCCUGAAUCUGCGGAGAACUUUGAUGCAGCAUUCACAAACGAGCCUAUUGUAGGAUCCCCACCUCCUGCAUCUUCUCCACUGUCGUCCUCUUGUCCGCCAGUAGAAGAUCAUUUCAGACAUUUCAGUUAUGUGGAUGUUUCAGUGUGUUCCUGAAUCACUUCCCAUACACAUGCAGCCCUUUUACAGUUCAACACCACCAAGUCGUCGUCGGGACUUGUACUAAAUGGGCCAACCUGGGUAACGAAU